AUGAUAAAAGAUUCAGAUGGCAAAGAUUUGAUCAGGGUUCAAAUGGAAGGCAAAAGCUUUACCUUGAAUUUGAUUGAAAAAGAGCAAAUUGCUAUACACAAGGUUAAAGACAACACAAUGCUUUGGCAUAAAAGGGUGAGGCAUUUUUAUCAUGCUGCUUUACUCUAUUUAAAGAAAAAUGAUCUUGUGAAAGGACUACCAGAAUUAGAAGAAGAAUUACCUGAAUGUGCUGCUUGUCAAUAUGGAAAACAAACAAGGUUGCCUUUUCUAAUAGUUAUGGAACCUGCAAACCACAAUGAAGCUGCAACUUAUCCAAAAUGGAUUGUAGCAAUGAAGGAGGAGCUCAAUAUGAUUGAGAAAAAUCAGACAUGGGAGUUGGUGGAUAGACCUGAAGAUAAGAAAGCCAUAGGAGUCAAAUGGAUUUACAGAACCAAGUUGAAUUCUAAUGGUUCAAUUGGAUACUAUAAGGAUGCUAUUAGCUCUUGCUGCAUAAAAGGACUAGGUUAUACACCAAAUAGGUUCAAAGAGUUGAUUGAAGAGUUCAAAGAAAGAAUGAAAGAUGUGUUUGAAAUGACUGAUCUUGGAAAAAUGUCAUUUUUUCUUGGAAUGCAAGUGCAGCAAAAUGAUAGUGAAAUCUUAAUGAAUCAAGAAAAAUAUGCAAAGAAAAUUCUUAGAAAAUUCAAGAUGGAGGAGUGCAAGUCAACUGCAACUCCAAUGAAUCAAAAGGAGAAAUUCAGCAAAGAAGAUGGAGCUGAAAAAGUUGAUGAAAAGUUGUACAGAAGCUUGAUAGGAUGCUUGAUGUAUUUGACUACAACUAGGUCAGACAUUGCACAUGCAGUAAGUUUAUUGUCAAGAUACUUGCAUUGUGCUAGUGAGAUUCAUUUUCAAGUGGCCAAAAGAAUUCUCAGAUAUGUUAAGGGCACCGUUAACUAUGGAGUGAAGUUCCUGCAGGUUGAAAAUUUCAAUCUUUGUGGCUACUCAGACAGUGAUUGGGCUGGAAGUGUUGAUGACAUGAGAACUACUUUAGGUUAUUGCUUUACUUUUGGUUCUGGAGUCUUUUCAUGGUGUUCAAAGAAGCAAGAAGUCAUAGCACAAUUUACACCAGAAGUAAAAUACAUAGCCGCUGUAUCAGCUGCAAAUCAAGCACUUUGA